AUGUCUGGCGUUGUUGCAACCCAGCAACCCAGCAUGGAGAACUUUGAUAUGCAGGACGUGAGCAUGCUUACCUCGGACACUACGCGUGUCGAGGCCAUCGACCCCUCCGAUGAUCCCAUGGAUUGUACCCCGGAUAUCCCAGAGUCUGACAACGAAAAGCAGCCCGCAGAGCAAUCCGUUUCUCCUCUCUAUCAACUCCGCUCGGUGAAGCUUUCUGGCAAGCCGAUUGCGGUGAGAUUGGAUGGACAAGGCAACAAAGUCAAUUCGUCCAUCCCCCUCCGUACUCCCUUCAUCCGACCUGACCACCGAUUCUCCCCGAAAUCUCGCAGCUCGACCUAUACUGGCGCUGAAGGCCAAUCUAACGGCUAUCGUCUCCCGCGACCUGAGACUAAGUAUGUCUCGCAGCCGGCGUUUUUGCAAAAUAAUCUGGGUACCAGUAACUUUCGAUCUACCGGCUUUGACCGCAGCACUUGGACCCUGGGCAACAGACCCCUCACUGGCCCCUCGCGCGUUGGAUAUGCCAAUGGCACUAACAGCCUUCUUCGAGGCAAGUCUACUACAGACAAGAACCUCUUCCGUACCACUUCGAGCUUUGCGAAUUUUUCUCUCCCCCCCCAUUUGACUCGCAAUUUGAUUGCAGACGCCGAGUUCUCCCGUGCGACUUCUGGCCUUGCGCACAUCUCGCUCAAUUCCACUCUUCCCCGCAAGAGACCUUUGGAGGAUAAUGAAAGUGCUUCUGUGCAGCACAGUGUCCCGCAGGUUGACAAUGUCGUCCUUUCUAAAUUUCGUUGCGUUAAGCCAAACAGCUUUGCACAUGUUGCUAGCCCCGCUGAGAGUGAACUCCCGCCAGGAUCUCCGAUGGAUAUUGACACGCCUGAGCAAAAGGAGCCCCAGCCAAAUGUGCCUACGACCUUCGAUAAGAUUGAACCCGAUAGCCCCCUUUCUCACAAAGUGUGUCCAAUGGACGUCACUGAAGGCGCUCGUGAUUAUUCGAGCAGCUUGAACACCCAUUAUAUGCCUGGGGCAUGGCCAGACUCAGUGCCGCCUCAUGAUUCUUUCAAUGUUACCCCCCUCCCAGGAAGUCCAGUCAUAGCAAUGAUGUCCGGUGCUUUGAUGCCAUCUGAUAGCAUGGAAUUGUCCGAUGUCGAAGACAACAUGGCCAUUGAACCUGUUAUUCAGGAAAUCCAACAGGAGCCUCUUUCGCCCUGGCACACCUACUGGACAGCCUGGCAGAACUCUUUCCAGAAUGUUUUUACUGUUCCCGCCGGGGUUACCCAGUCGUUCUCCCAUGCAGUCCGGACUGCCGUCACUGUUGUUGGCGCCGCCAAACGACGCGUGUGUGAAGUCUGGCAUCGGCGCCGCACUCAGCCUGGACGUCGCCAACCACCUUCCCCUCGUGGAUCUCCGCCGCGUGUGAAAUUUCGUGGUCUAUCUCCAGAACAGCAGCAGCGUAUGAGACGCGAGCAUCGACUGAGAGCCAGAGGAAAUAGUCCACCCAUCAAUCUUCCUUUCCCCGAUUUGUCUUAUAUUCCCGACUUUCCUGCUAAGGCUGAGUCCUCACCCGCCACCGAGUUUCACAAACAGUCAAAUGAACUCGUUACUAAGGAGCCUCGUGACUCCGUAUCUCGGAAGCCAAGUGCUUCUGGAUCUCCCAAGAAAAGACAAGCUUCCAAGCGGCGCGAUCAUCCGGCCCAACAUGAAAGAUCCUCCAGGGCUUCUCGCUCCCCUACCAAACAGUCGAAGCCAAGAGAAGCCGGACCUGUUGGUAUUCGCAAGCGGUUGCCCUUCUCACCUGAUAAACGUGCCGAGCGUGCCAAGCGUGCCAAGGAAAAUUCUGCUGUGUGGAGGGCGCUCAUGUCUGGCGACCAGGAAGAGAUCAAAAGAGCCGGCGGCGAAUUGAUUGCAUUGCGCGAACGCGAAGCUUCCGCCCAGAACCAGCAGCCGAAUGAACUUUCCAUGGUCGAGAACAAAACCGGAUCCGAAGGAUCUACAAAGUUGACUCAGCUUGCGAAUCUCGAGUCUCGUUCCCCUACCGCAGCUGAUCAAAUUGAAACGAAGAAAUCUAUGGAACUGAACGAGCACACCACCUUGAAGGCCGCAUCGCCUAUUGCAGUUGAAAAAGAACCGAAGAAGUUUCUCAAAUCGAAGAAAAAUGCCAACGCCAUGGCCCGAGCAGAUAUUGCAUAUGACAACGAAACGAAGAGCCCUCAGCAGACGACUGAUGCCUCGCCGCACAGCGUCCCGAAGAAGCCGAAGUUCAAGCGCAAGGUUUGCUUCCGCGAGCCUGUGGUGGCCGAGUACAUCGACGAUACACGAGACUGGACUGAGCUGGACCCUGACUUGGCACCACAUCUCAAUGAAGCGCUUGACCUCGAAGACACUACUACGAACGAUAGCUCAGCUACCGGAACAAUCACUAGAACGAAGAAGACCGAAACGCGAUCCGAUCAGAAAGAAAACGUGCCGCCCGCGCCCGAGCUUGACGAGCCUAGCCUUGACCCGUGGUCUCAGCCUUUCGAAUACCCCCUUGGAAGACCGGUUUCAGCUGUCCGUCUAUUCUAUCCCGUCCAACAGCCCAUCCCCGACGGCCGAACCGAGUCUGUGUAUGCCGCGCGCUGGAAAGAAAUCGAAGAGGAACAAAAGAAGAGGGAGCUACCAUCUCGUGUCAAACCUGAUGGACCAGCUGUACGACCCCUCUCUUCUGAAUGGGAGGCGCGUAUUAAACAUUUGGAAAAUAGGAGCGUCCCCGUCGCGCGAAAGGUCGCCGCCACCCUAUCCGGUGACCCAUUGACGAAGAAAGACCUCGCGACGUGCUACACCCAGGGCGACUGGUUGAACGACGAAAUCAUCAAUUCAUACCUCGCGCUGAUCGUCGAUUACCUCCGCCGCAAAAACCACAACGCCGGGCGGCACGACAAGCCACGCUUCCACGCCUUCAACUCCUUUUUCUUUUCCAAUCUACGUGAUAAGGGGUACGAGUCGGUGGCGCGGUGGGCGAAGCGGGCGAAGAUUGGGGGGCCACUCCUCCUCGACGUAGACACUGUCUACAUCCCGGUCCACAACAACCAACACUGGACCUUGGUUGUUGUACGACCUGUCGAGCGCUCGAUCGAGCACUUCGAUUCACUGGGGGCCCUGUCUCGCCGCCACAUCGCGGUGGUCAAAACCUGGCUCCGCGGCGAGCUGGGCCCCCAGUAUGUCGAGGAGGAGUGGCGGGUAUUGCCGUCCCUGUCCCCCCAGCAAGACAACGGUUCGGACUGCGGGGUCUUCCUCCUCUCGACCGCCAAGGCAGUGGCCAUCGGCUUGGAGCCACUGUCUUACGGUGCGGCAGAUACUCCCCUGCUGCGCCGUAAGAUAGUGGCCGAGCUGAUGGCCGGCGGUCUGGAGGGGGAGUUUGACCCCGCCCUGGGCGGACAAGUCUUGCUGUGA